CUCACCACCACCCUCGAUCGCUUAUCUCCCGACUCUUGCUGCCCUUCCAUCGACGAACACCCUCUCACCGAAACAUCCCACCCAAAAAACUACAAGCCCUCCACCAUGUCUCGUGAAGCUUACCAGGUGCCCUCCAUGAGUGGCCAGAACGCCUUCGAGGGCACCAGCGGUAUGGCCGUCGACAGCCCUGCGGUCGUCUACAUCUGCGGUCACUGCGCGUCGCGCGUGUCUCUGCGCCGCAGUGAGCACAUUCGCUGCAAGGAGUGCGGUCACCGUGUGCUCUACAAGGAGCGGACUAAGCGUAUGGUCCAGUUCGAGGCCCGUUAAAUAUGCGCCGAACCGAUAUGACGAGCCGGCAAAAUAAUCGUCUAGGCCGUGUGAGGUCCCAGACGCAGUGGAGUUUGAAGGAACCGGGGCUCGCGUUAUUCUAUGAUUCUUUCUUCUUUUCUCGAAUUUUUGGCACGAUGCAUCGAAUGGCGCUUUGGAGUUGCAAUACACAAAUAGUCUUCAUGAAAUACAUGAGACUUGUGGCCUGUGGCUAGAUUCGUCUAGCUACGGCGAAUAAAAUAUGAUCCUGGGAUUCUAUUCAGUUUGAUCUUUUUUAGAUUCAUGUUGGCAAACUCGUCCGAGUUCCUGACCCCCACUUCACUUAGGCCGAGGCUAAUCGCAGGCCAAAUUGGGCUUUCGCACGGCAGACUAUACCAUUCGGACAUGAUGCAUAACAGGUACAUAGAGUACCUAGAUAUCCCUUCAUGCCUACUAAUCCUUCAAGGUUGCUUAAGCUAUGAAGAAAGAUGGCUCAAAAGACGUUUAGAAAGAUCUUUUAUAAGAAGGGAAGUUAAAGC